CCCGCAAGCCCCAGGAGACUGUUUGGUCGUAGACUCAAUUGCAACAACAGAAAUGAGCACAACCAUGCUUCCGUUUCUCUAUCAAACUCGCACCAUCCAAAUGCUUCCCCGCCCGGCAGCACUUGGACGCCGUGUCUUUCGAAACCUGCUUCGCCCAGUGCCAGCGUGCACCUUUCACGGCAGCUCCGUUAUCAAGAACAGCGACAAGUACACGGGGUCCAGCAGUCAAGACGACAAUGACAUCCCCUUUGAACUCCCCCCAGACCUGGCCGCCGACCCGCGCUUCAACCCGCCCGCCCAUUCGAAGGAGGACAAGGUUUUUGGCACCAUAACUCCCCGCGAGCGCCGCGCCUUCGACAACAUCUUCAAGGACCUCGAGCUCGAAACCCUGAAGAUAGAAGGCCGUUCGGCCCAGGCUCUCAACGACGCAAUGAUCCAGGAGCCGGAUUCCUCACGCCACGAGUCAAUUAUUGGCAGGAUUCUGUCCGACGCCGUUGGGGAGGACUGGGACUCGUCAACCCCGAACCUCCCCUCCAAACCCUUCAUCGAGAGCAUGCGUAAGCUACACAACGUUGGCUCCGACGGCCGCGCCGCCGGCAACCCCAUGUCCCCCGCAUCGCGGUAUGAAGCCUUGCUUCGCUUCCCACCAAGCCUGCGCGCGGCCGCAAAAAAGGCCUUGGGAAUCUCCGACCCCACUGCUUCCAAGAACGUGGAGGUGGCGGCCGAGGUCCCCAGCCCGUCGGAAGCCGCGCCUCCUCCCAAGCCUGCGAAGCAAGAGGAGCCACUACGCCUGGAGCGCACCAUUGAGAACCACUAUCUCGAACGUGCCAGGCUGGACGAGCGUAGGCGCGUUGAAAAGCUUAUGUCUGCUGCCAAGACCGAUUUUGAGCUGUGGGACGUGCUGGAGCGCGAGGUAUUCUCCGUCAUCAGCGCUCUCGGGCUAGACCAGCCCGCCCGCUUCGACAAGCCGAAAUACCGCGGGGGGAGGAGGCCCAAGGGCGAGAAUACGGCCGGGGCCCCCGAGGUUGAGAAUCCCUUUGUGCCCAGUUCAAACGGCGAAACGGUCGAGCCUAAUAUGAAUCUGCACGGCUACUUGUAUCCGGAACACCUGGUGUGCGCGCUUCAGCUCAUGGACUCUCGCUUCCCCGGCUCGCAGCUAGCGCUCGAGAUCCUACCGCGCGUCAAGUCGCUCGGCCUCGAGUCCUUUGUUCUCGGCGCCAGUGCGCAGUUCUACACGAUGCUCAUGAGCAUAAUGUGGAACCGGUACAACGACGGCCACGCAGUCUUGAACCUGGUCGAGGAGAUGAUGCACGCCGGCCUCGAAACCACAUAUCUCGUGCACGGCAAUCUGAUCCGGGAAAUGGGCCAGCUGGUCGAGACGGCAGGCUCGGGCCGGGCCGGCGAUCUUGCACUGCACAUCUCCUCUCACCCGACCUGGACUUCGCUCAGGGGAGUGAGGAUUCCGCAUCUGCACAAGGCUGUGAUUGCUGAGCAGUGGAAGAAGAGAAGCCAGAAGGAACACAGGGUCUAUGCACCAUAAUCCUGCGUCCUGGGCACAGCCGAGCCGCGCCGGCCAUGGUUGCAAGUAUUGUUUCCACGCCUGUAUGAUAUGGUUCUGUUUUAUAUUCGUAUAUACCCACCUUUUCCAUCUGUUUCCGACACUUUCACCAUUGUCCGGUCUCCAGGUCUAGGUACUGGGGCAAGGGAUAUGAGAGCAAAACACUUGAUGCUAGGCAGUCUCACCACCCUGGGUCUUCCUUUAGGAUGGCCGGCGGCUCGCCAAAGCCGCAGUUCGGCGUCGGGCACACGGUCAACGUGUGGAUGAACUUGAUUCGGCCCUCCUCGACGCGGAACUCGUGGCUGUCGUGCAGCCCGCUCUGGCCGAAUUUGAGGAAGACACCGGCUGUGCCGUACUCCUCGUCGAUGACGUACCGACGGUUGACCAGCGGGAUCCCCUCAGGCACGCCCGUGGCGCACGUGUCCCCGGGCUGCGUGUACAGCCCACCCUCGAGCCGGCGACAGCCCUCGGCCCACGGCACCACGACGGACGUGUCAUUGAAGAGGUCGAGGUACGCGUCGGCCGCGGCCUUGAUGACCGCGCGCGCGUCCCGCCGGCCCUCGGGGAUGCGACCCCAGUCCUCCCGCAGCGCGUAGUGCAGGCCGUGCCGCGCGCUGAACAGCCAGUCCCCCGCGUCCGUGACCAGGGUCUCGAUCCCGACGAUGCGGCCCGUCACGCCGUCUAGCCGCAGCUGCGUGCCGAUCUGGUACGGGUGCGCCGGGUCCGUGACGACCAGCUCGGCGUAGGCGGCGCACGCGACCGGGUCGUGCUGCGCGCGCGCGUGGUCGAUGCGGAGCGGCCGCGACAGUACCCCACCGCCGCGCAGCAGCAGCCCGGCGGAGCCGUUGCCGUUCUCGACGUAGGCGACGGCGCCCAGGUCUGGUGCCAGCUGCUGCAGGUACCGCGGCUCGCCGGCCGACUGCGCGGCGAUGUACCGCCGCGUCGCCUCCUCGAGGAGGGCGCGGGGGCAGGCUGCUGCCGCUGCCGCUGCCAACGUUGCCCACACCAGCUGGCGUUUCAUUGUGUGCGUGGUUCUUUCUGAGAUGAGAGGGUCAGACUGUUGGUUUUACGAGAUGAUUUGAACCUGUCUCUCGUCUUGAUUCAUGUAAACCGUGAUAACAUGACAAGAAACGCCACUACGGCGCACGGACACGCUUUUGUAUCCGACUGGACGAUAUUCCGUCCGUCCUGGGUACCAUCCGGCUAUGUCGACCUCGUCUCGUUGCGGCAUCAUUUACCCCUGAGCAAGUUCCCCCUCCCGGGAAAAUGGACGGGCGAUAUUGGGCUGCCAACUGCCGGCAGUUGCUCGCUUCGGAAUACCUGGGGGAGGCACGCACGCACCUCCGAUCCCCUGAGGCUUUCCAACCCUUAUAUUCAACCCUCGUCCUGAGGUCUUUCCCGGACGACCGAACCCCGCCGAGUUACCCAAGUCGGAUAGCCAAUGCUCCCAACCUUACCGACGCCACACCAGAAUCGCCAAACCUUGCCUCGAGAGGUCGACAGUUCGAGUCCCGACGACGAAUCAAAAAAUCUCUGUUAGGGAUUUUGGGAGUUUACCGGCUCCCUGGGCCAAGCUACCACCGCGCGGGCCUGUGUCAAACCGGCGAGGUCGACGGUCCGAGCUCCGCGAGAAUAAUCCUGAGGGGUUGGGGUGCCCGGCUGGGGGAUGGGCACCCCCUAGGCCAAGCACCAUACCUAGAAAUUUGUCUAGGGGCCGUGUUAUUCCGAGACGAGACCGGAGUAAAACCCUUGAGGGUUUUCGUAGCUGUCCACCCCUUGUGGGUUGGGCAGUGAGCUUUUGCCAGCCAUUGUAAAACUGUUGUACAAUAGCUCUUUCUUUCUUACAGGAUAAUUGUUUAACAUUUCCUAUCGCUAUUUUUUCAAUCAGCGCCUGGUUCGCUGCCCGUCUUUGUAUACAUAUUGGCCUUUAAUUAUUUAUGCAAAACACAUCGACUUUAAAGUCGAACAAUAAUCCAAACACGCCUAGAGCGCGCUCGAUCCUCGACCCAUUAACGGCAGCCGGUUAAAUGUGGCCA